CUGGAAGUCUUUACCUUAGCCUCAUGCUAAUAUAGAAACAAAAGACUUUCUGUAGAAAAAAAUCUGAAUAAAUAAAAUAGAAUUUGAACAGCUGCUGGCACACAAGAAACAAAGGACCCUUGAAAUAACUUCCUCAUGGAGGCAUGAGCAAAGCUCUGCCAACCUGUCAGUCCAGCCAUGCAAGAGAGAGGGAGAGAGACAGAGAAAAAGAAAAGAGGGAGUGAAGCAGAGAUUCUUUCAGAUCUCAGCAGACGUUAAGAUUUUCAACAAACAAAGAAAACCAAUAGCCCCUGGGACCGCAAGCGUGUUCUGUAAACUGAUGCCACGAGGCAGGUAUGAGAAAGAUGCCCGAGCAGAGUGGUCACUAUAGGCCUGUAAGCACGCAGGCAAAUAAGAUCAGUUACCAAGGCACUUGUCAAGAGAGCCCUGGAAUGGGGAUGAAAAGAUUGCAGAAUCGAUUUCUCCACAAGGAUGGCAGCUGCAAUGUGUACUUCAAACACAUCUUUGGGGAAUGGGAGAGCUACGUAGUGGACAUAUUUACCACACUGGUGGACAUCAAAUGGCGCCAUAUGUUUGUGAUAUUCUCCUUGUCAUAUGUUCUUUCAUGGUUGUUCUUUGGACUAGUCUUCUGGCUGAUAGCAAUCCAACACGGAGAUUUAUUCCAUGAUGAAGAAAUAACCCCCUGUGUUGCAAAUGUCCAUACCUUCACCGGAGCAUUCCUAUUCUCCCUUGAAACCCAAACGACCAUCGGUUACGGUUACCGCUGUGUUACAGAGGAGUGCUCUGUUGCAAUCCUCAUGGUUAUCCUACAGUCAGUACUGAGCUGCAUUAUUGACACCUUCAUAAUUGGAGCAGCCUUGGCUAAAAUGGCCACAGCUCGAAAAAGAGCUCAAACCAUUCGCUUCAGCUACUAUGCCGUAGUUGGCUUAAGGGAUGAUAAAUUUUGCCUCAUGUGGCGCAUUGGCGAUUUCCGGCCAAAUCACAUGGUUGAGGGCUCUGUACGAGCUCAGCUUCUGCGCUACAAGGAAGACAAGGAGGGGAGGAUGACGAUGGAAUACAAGGACUUGAAGUUGCUAAAUGACCAGAUCAUACUUGUUACACCAGUGACAGUCGUGCAUGAAAUCGAUAGUGAGAGCCCCUUGUAUGGUCUAGACCGGAAAGCUUUGGCCAAGGACAACUUUGAAAUCUUGGUCACGUUUGUCUACACAGGUGAUUCAACAGGAACUUCGCAUCAGUCAAGAAGCUCAUAUGUCCCCAGAGAGAUCCUCUGGGGCCAUAGGUUUAAUGAUGUCUUACAUGUAAAGAAAAAAUACUAUAAGGUGGAUUGCUUACAGUUUGAAGAAACUACAGAAGUUUAUGCUCCUCACUGCAGCGCCAUGCAACUGGAUCGGAAGGAGCAAGAAUGGAACCGAACUGAGAAGACACAGGAAAAAGAAGUAGAGACGUCGGCACUGGAGAUCAAACCAUUUAGUACUAACCAAAAGUCAUUCAGUGCCGUUGCUCUCAUCACUAGUUGUGAAGAUCCAGAAGACCCACUGACAGCUGUCAAUCAGCCUUCUGAAGAAAUUUCUUAUCAGAAAGCAGCUGUGACCUUAAGUAGGCUAUCAAUAGAGUCCCAAAUCUAGCUUUUUACUGCAAUUAAAAUAUCUUCCAACAAAUUGUCCCAGCAUAGCUUUUAGAAUAUAAACAAUGAACUCAGAUGCACAAGUAUUUAUGUUAUAAACCUCAGUGACAGCAUGCCCACAUUGUAAUACACUGCCGAGCUGCUAGAAGGAGCUUCAUACUGGUUAGCGUGGGUAUUACUAACAGCUUAGCAUUGGCACAAGAAAACAGCUCACAUUUGGGUUGACUAGACAGCUACUGUACUUGAGUAAGCUUACUGUAAACUUCACUACCCUGCAGGGCCCAGUGUUGGAUAUACCCAGAGAUAGAGAAUGAUCUAGGCACGGAACAAAACCAGUGUGCCCUCAAGGUCAUAUUUUUCAAAGCUGCCUAAUUUAUUUGGAAGGCCAGUUCCUGGUCCCUCUAGGAGGCUCUGAAACUCCCCCACCAUCACAGCAAACGAUUGUGCUUUCAUUACCAUUGCACCUCCCUAGCAGUUCAAAUGGAGCCCUGGGGUUACACUGGUCAAUCUGUGGGGCUGCUCUUUGUAGGAGGCAGUGAACUGGCAAAAAUAACUGAGCCCAGUAUUACUGGGUAGCUUUGGAAUCCUGCUUGCACCCUGCCUAGUCCUGUGGGAUCCUCAGUGGGAUCCCGGAGAGCUUUUCUCAUUUCCUAGUCAUGAGCUGCCGCUCCUCAGCAGCUUGAGGUAUGUGGUACGUCAGCUGGCCCAGGGCUGCAUGAAGGUUGCAUUCACCGGGUCAGAGGGCUGCCCACUUCAUUUGCACUGUUCAGAAGUCACGACGAGAUCUCAAGUUUGAAAUUGGAAUCCACAAAAUCAGGUUGAGCCUCAGAGAGAAGAUCGUGGUUUUAGAGUGAGCUGUGCAAUAUUUUAAAUCAAAACGUCUUUCAUUUCAGAAUGACAGCCUUGCUUUUCUUUUUGGGAGGUUAUGCUUCUUUAAAAGGACAAAGAUCAAUCUGGAGACCAAACAGUGUGAUUUUGUCAAAAUGAAAUAUUUUUAUUGAUCUGAAAUGACCGCAUAAAAUUGAUCCUUCACAGAGAAAUUCAUCAUUGUCAGCUGUCUGCUCAAUUUGGAAGAAAGGAAAAUGUUAAUGUUCUGAAGUUGUCUGUGACAUGGAAGUUCUAUGCUCUGCACAUCUCUGUAAUCAUUCAAUAAGCUAUAUCUUAUCAUGCUUUUUUUCCCCUGAUGACUAUGGUGAAUUUGCAUUGUGUUUAAGUGUCAUGCUAACAUAAAAAUAAUUAUCUCUGAA